UUUAUCGUCCGACAGACAGAGACUCUCGGUUAAACACUUACUUGCUGCCUUGAGUUUACUUGCUUGACUUUACUUUACUAUUCCAACUAAUCUUACUACUCUAAGCACCCACCUUAUUCAUCCAAAAAAACAACAAACAACAAUCAUACAUAGUUCACAUACGUACAUCAUGUAAUCAAAGUUUUCCAAUCUCUUUCUCUCCCAAGUCCCUAUUUUGCCAACAGCUUCCAAAUCCAAAUCACUAAAGCUAUAGGGCUUUCAAGGUAAGCACUUUUCUUCAAUUUUUGCUAAGACCACUUGUUUUUUCUUUUGGUUCCCGAACUAUAUAGUCUUCUUCUUCUUCUUCUUCUUCUACAAUUGUAGUUGUUAAAAAAUGGGAGUCAAUAUUGAAUUUCAAUUGGGUAUUAUAUGCUGAUAAAUUGAAUAAUAGUAGUAAAUAAUGAAAUGAUGUGUCCAAAUCCUAAUCCUAAUCCUAAUCCUAAUCCUCCGAAAAGAAAGAAAUGGAGUGAGCCAGAAGAGAAAACCCUAAUGGUAAAGUAUGGAGAGAUGGUGUGCGAUGGGAGCCUGGGCAAGAUGAAAACCCGUGAGAAGAAAUUCAGACCCAUUGCUUGUUAUGUCAAUUCGGUCCACCAUGCCCGCGACCCUAUUGCCUUCCCUUGGUUUUGGACUUGGAAGGAUGUGUCCACCAAGGUCCAGAACAUGAGGCACCAGUACUUGCUUGUUAAGCAAAAGAUCAAGAAGCCCGACUCUGAAGAUGAUUUUGAUUGGCUUGAGGGCCUUACCCAUUGGUCCAAUUUUUUGAGGUAUAAGGAGGUUUUUGGGGAUGUUCCCAUUGCCAACGCCAAUGGUAAUGGUACUACUAGUACUAGUAAUGAUUUGGUGACUGAGCCUGAGCUUGAGCCUGAGCCUGAGACUGGUUUCAUUGGGAGGCGGAUGAAUAUGAUGGAGUUUGGCCAAAUGGGUAAUGAGGGGGAUGGGGAUUUUUCAGUCGCUGUGGCUGUGGCUGAGAUUAAUGGCGUUGAUGAGAAUGGGGUGAUGGGUUUGGGCUUUGACUAUGAGGGGGAGGAAGCCGAGGAGAAUUACAAUGGAAAUGAUCGGAUGAGGAAGGGGAGGGAUGAUGGUUUUGUGUAUGAAGAAGUGGAAAUGAAUGGGUCUAAUUCUAAGAGGAAGAAGAAAACAAACAAGAAGAAGAAGCAGCAGCAGAAGAAGAAGAAGAGGAAAGUGUUGAUGGGGUUGGAGAAUAACGCUUGGGGAUUUCUUGGGAACCAAUUGGGGAAGUUGAGGGAAUUGGAGGCUCACUUUGAGCAGCGUGAGGUGGAGAGACAGUGUGAGAGACAGAGGAGGGAGAGUGCUCGUGUGGAGAUCGAAAAAGAAUGGGAACAGAAAUGGGAAGAGAGGGAGACAGAGAGGGAGGAGCAUGAGAAGGCUAGAGAGAAGUUGAGAAAGCAGAUAGUUCGAGACUGGGAAGUUAUGGGAAAUGAUAUUGAGGAGAGGGAAAGAAGAAGAAGAGAAGAAGAGUUAUUUCACGUGAGGGAACAGCAAGAGAGGAUAAAUAGGAGAAGAUCAGAGUGGAAGACGAGGAUUGAUGAGAUGCUGAGUCAGCAUCGGGCAGAAAUGGAUCAGAUUCAGACCCGAAUUCUCCAUGAGCAACAAAACCUUACUAGCCAGGUUCUUGGGAUUGUCUCUCAAUGGACUACUCAUCCAACUGGGCUUUCUGAUCAUACUAGUGCUAGCAACCACUAUCUUUCACAAAUGAUGCAGAAUUUGCACCAUGUGAAUGGUAUGGUUCAUGGAGAUGCUAGGGUUGAGGGAGACAAUCAGGAUGACCAAUUCAUUGUUGACGGGUAAGUUGUUUGAAAGAAUAUUUUCUGCUUGCUUUGCUGAAGUGAGAGUUUAAGAAUGAUAAUGGAAAUGGAAAAAAGUGUAAAGGUCAGAGCAUUUUUGAAUACAUUCUAAUGUGUACUUUCUUCAAAUAGGUAUUGUUAUAUACUGAUCUGUGUAGUAUGGAUUCUAGUCAAUAAGGUAUAAAUUUAUCUGUUUAAAUUUUUUUAUGCAGUCAUCUCUUCUAUAAAUAAAGAAAUCCUUUUGAUAUAUUCUCUGGCUAAAAAAGGAUACAGAUGAAAAAAUACUGAAAAGAAGGGCUGAGCUAUGACCAUUAUUCCAGUUUGUCUACGCACAAGUAAAGCUAUCCUAAGAUGUGUUGUGGGGUUACUUCAACAGAGAUCACUGUCAAUUUAAUAUGUAGAUACACUGUGGGACUGAAUUAGCGGAAAUUGAAAGGUAGUGGCGUAUUUACUGUCAUCUCUUGUUGUUAUGAGGCUGUUCUCCAUAGUGCAUCGACUAACUCUUUCCCCUUGUGGAGUAUUUGGGGUACUAAGGCCACUAAGGGGGUUUCGUUCUUUGUUUGGACAGCAGCCUGGGGAAAGAUUCUAAUUUUUGAUUUAUCAAGUGUGGAUUUACCCUAGUUGGAUGGUGUUGUAUGUGUCGAUUUAGUGGGGAGACAAUAGACCAUUUGUUGAUCGAUUGUGAUGUUGCUUAUGGCUUAUGGAUCUUGGUUUUUAGAAUGUUUGGAAUCCUGAUACAGGAGCAUCAAAGUAGUUGUUUCCAUUAGCAGCCUUGAAACAAGGCAGCCAAUCCUUGAUUUAGCAGUCAGUGCAAGUUACAUCAGUUCAGUAGCUGAGUUCAGCCGUGCAGUAGCCUACCUUAUUGUGAUCUAACACUUCCAGCAGCGAACCAGGUUUAAGAUUUGAUGGUUAACUAAGUUCCUAAGGCAAUUCCAAGUCAGUUGUAAUUGGAGGGAGCAUGGUAGGCUGGAGUUCUCUGCUGUGACAGUUGGAGAAGUCUAAGCAGUUAGACCUGUAACCAAACAGCUAGCAGUUAUUGUAUCAGCAGCCAGUUAGAUCCACUUGUACUUAGUUAAUAAAUGUGUUAGCUGAUUGGAUAAGCUUUAACCAAUCAGAUUUAGUCUUGAUUAGAACCAAUCCAAUGGCUUUUAGCAUAGUGUAGAUUGUAUAAAUAGCAUAUCAGGAGAAUUUGUAAUCUAUUUUUGAGUUAGUGAAUGAGAUACGCUCUGAGAGCUUU